AUGUCAAAAAGAAUCUGGGAACAUGAUCAUGCUCUGUUAUCAACAACACUUGUACCGAGUGAAUCUGAUAGGUGGAAAAGAAUUCGUUAUAACUUUGAAGAUGUUAAUGACAUAAAAGCUCUUUACCAUCAAAUAAUCCAACAAGUACAACGUAACAUUGUAACAAAAACGAUAAUUGAAAUUUUAUUAAAUUUAAAGUGUUGUGCUCGUUGCAUCUUGAGAUUUUUGAAUGUUAAAGAUUAUAAGACUUAUUGUGCUUCCGAGAAGAUUCGAGCACAUAAUUAUAUAAUUAAAGACUUUAAUUUGGCAAUUACAUUGCCAUCAGGUCUUUUAGUAAAAGAACACUCUGUUGAAGUUUUUAUCAAGGAAAAGCUCAGAGAAAAAAAUAUCGAAGUUGCAUUUAGUUUAGUUACAAAUUUAAAAGAUGCUUUUAAAUGUUUGUUAGGAUGGUCAAUUGAAAAACAAUUAGAAUUAGAAUAUCGUACCGAAAGCCCAUUUAAAAUAACAGUUGAAUAUUUUCACGAAGAAUCACAAAAAAAUCAUACAUUUCUAACAAAAAUACCUUCAGCAGAAUUUAAUAUAAAGAAGAAAAGAGUAAAGGGAAAAUUUUUUACAUCAGGUGAUUCACGUCAGAAUAUUUAUAACUCCUUGAAAAAAAUUUCUAAUGAUGAAUUCAUAAAAUAUUGUGAUGAACACCCGCCAAAAACAAUCCAGCAUAAAUGGCAAAUAAAAUCAAUUAUAUUGGAACAUAAUCCCGUUUAUGUUGGAGGUCGAUAUUUAAAGCUUUCCAGAGAAAUGAGCCAAACUCCAUGGAUUAUUAAUGAUGUUAGACUAGCUGAAACUUCUGUUUCAGAAUGUAUCGGGGAACUUUUACGAGAAAAGUUUAUGUGUGACAGUUACAUAUUUGUUGCAUCAGGUCGUGAAGAUGCUGAUGUGCGAAUGUUGGGAACUGGUCGACCUUUUUACCUUGAAAUCAUUAACCCGAGAAAGUCUUUACUUUCACCUGAAGAAUUGUUAAGUUCACAAAGUGAAAUUAAUGAAAUGAAAAAGGAUUUAAUACAAAAAAGUUCACUUAUCUGGGUUUCUAAACAAAUUACUCCAGAGUUAAUUUCUCAACUCAAUCAUUACAAUGACACUAGUUUCACAAUUGAACAACAAACACCAAUUAGAGUUUUACAGAGCUACAUCAAAGAAUUCAUUCAUGGUGAUUUAGGUAGAACUAAACCAAGCUUAGGAGAUAUACUUGAUUGUACUGUUGAUAUUUUUGAAUUAGACGUGUUGGAAGUAGACUUACAAUGGCCAUCUAAUAAUUAA